UAGUCUCCAAAAGAAGCUGCCACAAACUACUUACCUGUAUCGGAGUCCAAGCCCGUCAUAAGAAACUACAACUCUCAGCAUAGCACAUAAUAGUGGUCUGCCUCCUGUGGCUACAGACAUGGAUGAAUCAGGUUCUGAGCUCCACCCUGCAGGGUCCUCCGAUCCAGAAGCUCCAGUCAGUGUGACUACCCUCAAGGAUGAUAAAUCUAAUGAGGCUGAUUGUCCCAAAUAUGAAGACUUGGAAGGUUCUGAGCUCCAACAAACAGAUGGUCAAACCAGUGUAAUAGACCUGAAGGACGAUGAAUACCAGGGAAAAGAUUGUCCCAAAUCUGAAGAGCUAAACCACGGGUUCAGUGAUCUGAAUGCAUCAAUCACCAUACAAUCCCUCAAGGAAGAUGAAUCUGAAGGAACUGAUUGUCCCAAGUAUGAAGACAUAAAACUCGAUGGAGAUUUUGAGCCCCCGCCUCCAUACUUGCUGCCUGAUUUCCCUCCAGCUCCUUUUCGAAAACCGAUCACCAUCCCCACAUCGCUCAUCUCAGAAGAUGCCGCAAGACAAGCUUUACUGGAAUACGCCACAAAGAAAUGGUGCUACAGCACCGGACCCGCUCGGCAGAUGAUCCUCCGGGAUUUCCAGCCUUUCAACACUUUUAGGUAUCGACUGGACACGUUCACUGAGACCAGGAUAUGUAAGUGGGUGUCUGAACCGCAUUUUGGUGGAGAAGUCGACGGUCCUGAAAAUGGUCUAGCACCUAACGCUUGGGAUCUGCCAGCGGAGCCCCCAUGCCUCUUCCGGAACGCGGAGCAUUGCAUGCCGCUGCCGCACACGGCCUCCGUGCAGACCUGCUCAGAUUGUGGCGGUCGCGGCAGGAACACAUGCAUACUGUGCUAUGGGGCUGGUCGGAGAACAUGUGUAUCCUGUGGAGGAUGCGGCCGCAGUAAUAACCAGAUGUGCUUCGCUUGUAGUGGAGUGGGACGUAACACAUGCAUAUCGUGUGGAGGCUCCGGGUACCAGCAAUGUUUUACCUGCUGCAGUAAAGGAGAAGUCGUCCGCUACAUACUACUAACAGUGAAAUGGGAAAACCACAAUUUUGAGUUUAUCGCCGACCACAAAUCAGAUUUUAAAUCUAAACGUUUCAAGAAAGUGACAGGAGAAAAUAUCUUCUCUGAUGAGCAGCAAAUGGUGACGCCUGUCACCAGUUUUCCUGAACCGUCUAUCAGCGAAGCAUCGGAAAAUGUGAUUUCUCAGCAUCUCGCUACGUUCACAAACAGUAAAAUACAGCAACAGAGACACAGCAUUGAAUGGCUGCCGCUCACCAGAGUGACCUACACCUGGCACAACGCCGAAUACGAUUACUAUGUGUAUGGGACAGAGAACAAAGCGUAUGCCAAAAACUAUCCCCGAAAAUGCUGCUGUACAAUCAUGUAACCACAGGAGGAAAGAUAGGCAGAUAGAUAGACAAACGGAUGGGCGGAAGGACAGGCAGACGACAGAUAGGAUACUUUCACACGAGCGUAUUGAAAUCCACCAGUAUUCUGGCUCUUGAUUAGGCCUUAUGCACAUGGCCGUUGG